GCCUGGCUAGCUAGUGAUAGUGAUACCAACACAUCAAGCAUAAGCUUACCCAGGAAGCAGAAGAUUGUAAUGGGGAGGCAACCGUGCUGCGACAAGGUGGGGUUGAAGAAGGGCCCGUGGACGGCGGAGGAGGACCAGAAGCUCGUCAGCUUCCUCCUCACCAACGGCCAGUGCUGCUGGCGCGCCGUGCCCAAGCUCGCCGGACUGCUGCGUUGCGGGAAGAGCUGCCGGCUGCGGUGGACCAACUACCUGCGGCCUGACCUGAAGCGCGGGCUGCUGUCGGAGGAGGAGGAGAAGACGGUGAUCGACCUGCACGCGGAGCUGGGCAACCGGUGGUCAAAGAUCGCAUCGCACCUGCCAGGGAGGACGGACAACGAGAUCAAGAACCACUGGAACACCCACAUCAAGAAGAAGCUCAGGAAGAUGGGCAUCGACCCCGUCACCCACAAGCCCGUCCUGCCCGCCGCUCCUCCUGCCCCGCAGUGUCCGCCGGGGGAGGAGAAGACCGCCUUGUCAGGUGCCGCACUCGGACACGAGGUGCCCAUGGUGAACCUCCUGGACGACGACGACGACAUUGUCUUGCCACGCGACGUCGUCGUCGUCGAGCCACCUGCGGCCAACAGUGGCUUUAUCAGCACGGCCAAUUCGCCCGGGCCUUCCGGUUCCUCCUCAUCAUCGCUGUGA